GAUUAAAUUCUGAAACACACUGUUACUAAGUUACAUUAUGACAAUCAGAUUGUUCAGAAAAUCCUAGCCUCUGAUUUAUGAACACUUGUCCCUUGACAUAAGGUCGUACAAUCAUUUUCAUUUUUUACCGUCCAAUAAAUGUCCAACAAUCUAAUAAUUACAGAAAAUAUUAAAAUUAUUUUUUGGUCUCUAUAAUACAUCUAAUUGGUACGCAUAGUUUUGGACGGUUUAUUUUAAAUUAAUUAUACGUCAAGUAUGAAAUUUCUCAUUAAUUUUGAACUGCCUGUGUAUUAUCUGUCAUACUCCGCCUAAGUAUCAAAUUAUUUAUUGGCCAGUGAUUUUGAAUGAAUGGAAAGAGGUUUUAUAAGGAAGUUGCAGCUAUCUACCAGACAAAAAUCUAAAAAUAGCGAGACAUUAUAGAUGGAAAAAAAAAAAUUGUAAUACAAACGAACACGAUACAACCCCCUUCAGCUGCACACGUGGCAGAUCAAACUACUGAUCGUGACCGUUCACCCAGUAGAUCCAAUCAUGGAUAGCCAGUGAUUAAAAAACCAUAUCAAAAGGAUAAUUCUAGUCAUCUCUUCUUCUCCCCUUUCCCCCACAAAAUAGCCACCGUUAAGUACUUUUCAUUUCCAUCAUCCAAUUAAAACCAAAAAAUGGAUGGCUAGGAUCAUCCAUUUUGUGUAAUAUUUUAACCAUGACCCAUACACGGAAAGGCAUGGUAGGUGCACGGUCUUGAUCUUCCCCUAACAAGUGAACGGUGAUGAGAAUGCGUCCAUCCUGGAAUGGCAAGAAAGGUAAGUUGUUACAAGUUGAAAAACAAAGAGAAGUUAGAGAGAGAUUGAGAGUGAGAGAGGUGAAGAUGUUCUUACAGAACUUCAUAAAUACCCAUGCAAAUGCUCUCAUUCCAUACAUUGAAAAAAAAAAAAAAAAAUCAAAGUUCAAAAAAUCACAAUCCAAAAAUACAUUUUGGUUGUUUAGAGAAAUGGGUUCCAAAUCUAAUCUUCAAAUAGCUUGUUUGGUGUUCUUGUUUGCAUGGGGAGCAGAAGCCGUCUCACCGGUGAAAGUUUUCAAUGUAAAGGAUUUCGGUGCAAUCGCCGACGGAAAAACCGAUAGUAGUAAGGCAUUUUUGGAUGCAUGGAAAGAAGCAUGUGCAUGGAAUGGUAUGGGUAGAGUUUUGAUUCCCAAAGGCACAUUCCUUGUGGGCCCCGUAUUGUUCGAAGGCCCAUGCAAGGGGCCCAUUAUAUUUCAAGUCUCAGGGGUGGUGAAGGCGCCUGGUCUUGAAAAAUUCCCAUCGGAUAGUUGGAUAGUGUUCCACUACAUCAACGGCUUGAUGGUCACUGGAGGUGGGACAUUUCACGGUGAAGGAGCUGAAGCUUGGCCACACAAUCAAUGUUCCAAGAACAAGAAAUGCAAGUUCUUACCAACUUCCUUAAGAUUUAUUUCCGUCACCAAUGCAACCAUUCGUAGCAUAUCUUCAGUCGAUAGCAAGCUCUUCCACAUGAACAUUGCCUCUUGCAAUAACAUCAAGAUCCAAUCCAUUAAAAUCUCCGCACCUGCUGAAAGCCCUAACACGGAUGGUAUCCACAUAGGGGACUCGAGUGGGGUCAGCAUUGUUCGAUCUGUAAUAGGCACUGGCGACGAUUGCAUCUCCAUUGGGUCUGGCAACUCCAAUAUCUUCAUCUCUAACGUUUUUUGUGGACCGGGGCAUGGUAUUAGCAUUGGUAGCCUUGGCAAGUACCCCAAUGAAGCAGAUGUGGUCGGCAUCAAUGUUAGGAAUUGCACCCUCACGGGCACUACCAACGGCAUUCGGAUCAAGACAUGGCAAGACUCUUCUAUUCUAUCUGCAUUCAAUUUUACAUUCCAAGAUAUAGUUAUGAACAAUGUCGCUAAUCCAAUCAUCAUAGAUCAAGAGUAUUGCCCAUAUAUUUCUUGCAACAAAGAGGCUCCUUCGCGUGUUAAAAUCAGCGAUGUUAAGUUCAUGAACAUUAGGGGUAGUUCAGCAUCUCAGGUUGCAGUCAAUUUCUUGUGCAGCAAAGGUGUGCCAUGUCAGGAUGUGCAUCUGCAGAGCAUCAACCUGGAGUAUAAUGGAUUGGAUGGACCUGCCAAAUCCUUAUGUUAUAACAUCAAGGGAACUUCUUCUGGCAUGCAAAGGCCACCAUCUUGCCUCUAAUCCUCUUAGUUCUUAUCAUAGAUAGUUUCUCAACACUUAGAAGGAAAUUAGGAUGAAUAUAUUUAAGUUACAUGGAGCUUUCAUCCUUAACAUUCAUCAGUCGAUGCGUGGGGUACUCAUACAUUGUA